CAAAGAGACACAACAAAACACUUCUCUUUCUUCACAUCCUUUCUUCUCUUCUUGUAAACCAAAUUGUGUUUUGAUCAAAGUCAAAACCAUCAUCACAAAUCUCUCUCUCAAGUAGUUCUUGUUGGAAGAGAUAGAAAAGAACCAUUUUUGAUCAAACAUACGGGUUCAAUCAAGAUCAAGAACUGAUUAUCGAUGAAAUGAACAAAAUCAGAUUUUGAUUGUUGGGUAUUUGGUUUUUGUUCUGUAUUUCGAUUUUGCUGUUGAAGGGUAGAUUUGGGCUUUUGGUUUUUGUUGUUUUGGGAUUGUUGAAGAUGAAGUCAGGGUCACUUGAUCAGUGGAGGAGUUACUUUAGGUCAUCCAGUUCGGAUAUUUUCGACAUAAUUGACAGUGCUAUUGUUGUUGCUGCUACUGAUUGUCCUAAGGAGUUUAAGUUGAGGAGAGAUGGAAUUGCUGAGAGGUUGUUUUCUGUUAUGCUGAAUCGCUGUAAGGACUGCGAGAAAGUUGAAACGCCGGUUACUGAUAAUGAGAAUGAUGAACUUUGCAAGAGAGGUUUUGUUAGGGAUGGUGGUAGUAAGGAGAGUAAGGUGAAUUGCGGUAGGGAAGAUAAUGGAGUGGUGGAAGUGAACCCUAAUAGCAAUUACACCUUUGGAGACGCGGAAGCUCUCACGGAUGAGCUCGAAGCGGAAUCUCAGCUUCUCACUGAGGUUUUGAGAAUCAAGGAGGUUCUCAAUAGCUAUGAAGAUGAGUCUGAUUCGGUGCUGUUUGAGUCUCUGAGGAGGCUUCAGCUGAUGCAUAUCUCUGUGGAUCUUCUUAAGUCAACUGAGAUUGGAAAGGUGGUCAAUCCUCUUCGAAAGUAUGGAUCAAAGGAUGUCCGUCAACUCGCACGGGUCCUCAUCGAUGGGUGGAAAGAAAUGGUCGAUAAUUGGGUCAAGGGGAAUGCAGCGAAACCGGCCGCAGAAGGAGGCACCCCGGAUUCGAUAAACCCGUCUGUUGUUGAGAAUGCAGAAGAUGAGGAGGAGGGAGGACUUCCAUCACCUCCUUUAGACGACGGGGCUUUCUUUGUUUCUCAACCCGGUUCAAUGGAGCUCUCACAGUUCUUCGAUGGCAUGGAUGAUGACGGAAAUCUUCGUAAGAGUGGACCUCCUAACAAGAACCGUGACAUUGGCAGAAAGCCGGCUUCCGACACUCUAGUUAAGGACAAGAGGAAUUUCCCGGUUUUCAAUGCAACCGCUAUCCCUUCCAAUGAUAAUAAGAGUCAGCAAAUGAAGAAGACUGAGGCUGCGGUCAGGCUAAACAAACCGGUAGCUGCUGAUGCUGGCCGCGGAAGACCACUGAACUCGAACAUUCAGCGAAAACCUAAUGUAGAGCAGAGGCCGCAGCAGAAAGCCGGGAACAGUACUGUGCCAAAGAGGCCUCUCAAUGCUCAGCAAGAUAAGCCGAAAUGCUUAAGUGAUGCUGAUAAGCUCGAAGCUACCAAGCGGAAACUUCAAGAGCGUUAUCAGCAAGCUGAAAACGCCAAGAGGCAAAGGACAAUACAAGUCAUGGAAAUCAAUGAACUUCCAAAGCAAGGAGCUGUCCAGCGAAACACUAAUUUCAAACCGGGAAAUCACAACCGGCAAUGGGCUAACGGUCGUAGAUAGUUCGCGACUAGUUUCGGAGAGGAAGAAUAGCGAUAACAUGUUUUUACCAAACAUUUACAUGAUAGAAGAUUGAUCCCCCUCCUCCUCCUCUCCUCCUCUUUGAGCAUAGAAAAUAACAAUUAUACAUUCUUGGAUAGAGUUAUUUUGAUUUUAGAGAGGGAAGUAAACUUUGAAAACAUGGAUUAUUUCCCAAGUUUUUAAACUUAUGAUGAGUACAUAGGAAUUUUGUUGGUCCAAGAUUUUGGAUUUGGAUUUUUCAUCCUAUCUUGGCAUUCCUUGGCUUCCUUGGCUUGUUCUAUAAAUUAUUGUCAAUAGAAAUGGUUUCUUGACAUUUUUCUUUUGUCACAUAUAUUAUUAUGUUACAUUAGGGUCUUAUAUUAUAACAUAUAGUAUACAUGCAAUUGUGCAUGUUACUAUAAUAUACCUCAAUGACCUUAUGUAAAUAUGUAAUAAGCAGGCACCAUAGGAAUGAAUGAAUACUUUUGUAGUCUUUUGACUACAAAUGUUUCCAAAUUUUCAGUA